AUGUCGGCCAAGCGCAAGGCAGGUGGCAAUGGAGGUGGUCCUAACAAGCGGCGUCCGAGGAAGAAGGAGUCUGACUACGAGGACGAGUUUAGUGACGAAUCAGAUGAGGACGGAGUGCAACAGCAGGCGGCGGUCGCUAACCAAAUGGAGGUUCUCAUUCCGCACGACGACCUCAACCCGCCCAGCAAGCUGCCUGAGGACUUGCUGGCCACUUUGGAAAAGACCCCUGGUCAGAUGCUGCUUGCUGGUAUGGUAACCUGGGACCUUACUGGCAAGCGGGACCGCAAGAACGUCACGAAGGUGCGCCCGAACCUGUACAGCUUUCACAGAUUCACUGACGAGAAGUAUCGAUAUGUAGCCAGCGGACCGAGUGCCGCUCACACUAUUGCCAUCAACAUGGAGCGAAAAGCGCUCGCUUUUGGACGCAAUCCCAGCGGCCAGCUGGGCCUCACGCAGGACAUCAAGUUGGCGGAGAAGCCUACUCUUAUUCCGGCCCUUGCGCAGCUGAACAUAGUGCAGGCAGCUGUCGGCCGGCACCACACUCUAUUUCUCACCGACACUGGUACUGUAUACGCCUGCGGCGAGAACAAGUCUGGCCAGUGCGGUGUGGGCAACACUCACGCCAACAUCUAUUCACCCACACCGAUCAACUACCGAGGACCGCCCAUAAUUCGAAUCGGGUGCGGAGCUGAGUUCUCGGUCAUCCUGGACAUCAAGGGCAGCCUGCACACAUUCGGUCUGCCAGAGUACGGCCAACUGGGCCAUAACACGGACGCCAAGUAUUUUGUAAACGCCAACAAGUUAUCAUUCCACUUUGAGACAUCACCCAAAAAGGUGGUCCUGUUCAUAGAGAAGAGCAAGGAGGGUCAUGUGACGCCAGUCGAUGGUGUACAGAUCGUGGACUUUGCCUGCGGCAACAACCACACGGUCGCCAUCGACUCGAAGAAACGCGUAUACAGCUGGGGUUUUGGUGGUUUUGGGCGUCUAGGACAUGCAGAGCCUAAAGACGAGAUGGUACCGCGACUAAUGAAGUUUUACGAUACACAGGGUCGGGGUGGGCGCAGCGUCUACUGCGGAUCCACGUUUAGUCUAAUCGUCAACGAGCUGGGCCUGCUCUUCCUGUUUGGCCAGAAUAAAAAGACAGGCGAGGCCAAUAUGUAUCCGAAACCAGUUCAGGACCUAUCCGGCUGGAAUAUCACCGACAUUGGCUGUGCCAACACAUCGAUUAUGAUUUCCGCCGACGACACACUCAUCGCCUGGGGCGCAUCGCCAACGUUUGGAGAGCUUGGCAUUGGCGAGUUUCAGAAGUCGUCGACGGUGCCUAAGGAAGUGCCAAAGCUGGACAACAUUAAAAUACCUCAGGUGACCAUGGGUUACUCACACACGGCGUUGCUGGUGGACACCAGUCACGACGCCACCAAGCAAAAGUACGAGAAAAUGCCCGAGUACACUAUCGAUGAUUAGGUGUCGCUCAGUUCUUUAAAUGCUGCUACAUACAAUUAUACCGCUGCCAACAACAAUACUGAUCCGCUCAGGAGACCCUGAGAACUGAUCAUCGAAACUCUGCUGCUACUUCUCGAAAGUGAAACUAAACAAAUCCAGCAAAUUAUACGCUAGAGGUUACACUCGCUAUCUAUAUACUAUACGAUUGUCUCAUAAUACGGAUACUAUGUAUUUUGUUUUAAAACUCUAAUUUAUUCUCGUAACUGAUAAAACUCCAUCCUUAACAUGUACCCUAAUAUCUUUAAUAUAUUGCCGCUCACCUAUAGGUUUAAAUCCAUUAACGACCCAUUAGUCCGACGGUUACCCAUUUAUAAUUUGUUAUUUACAAGUAACAAAAUACAGUAUUUUGCAUUUA